AUGAACCAUCUCACGGCCAUGAAUACUCCAAUCCGCACCGCUGUUCUCAGCGGCAGGUUCACCUGUGCCUGGUCACCGCUGGCCAGUGGUACUAGCACCUCGAUCCCAAGUCGUCACCACCAACCAUGCCAUCGUUCAGGCUUGACGACAUCGCCGUUCAAGCAGGAACCUAGACGAGCUGCCAGCAGUGCUACAACAUGCAAAUCGCCAAUGCGCCCUCUUGCUCCGUCUUCUGCGACAUGUAGAGCAGCUUCCAGCUCACCAUCUGUCUCCGUCUCCACCCUCCUCUCAAUUAUCCGAUACUCACACUCCACUGGUUCGCACCGCAGUGCAUCAACCUCUGCUCAAUCUGCCUCACCCAGCAGCCAUGGUACCAAUGCCACCACUAGCUCCGGCGAUACCCCCGUCAAGCUGGAUUGGAACUCCUUUUUCCAGCUCCGUGCUUCUCGCCGGAAAUACUCUCUUGUUUCUUCUAUUCUUGCCGCUGUCUCGACCACCGCCGCCGGAGGUCAGAUCCUAGCCACGCAGAACCUGGAGAACCUUGGUGCACAGAUCAUGGGCUUCGACCCGCUGAUCGUUCUCGGGUUGGCCACUGCGGCCUCGGGUGCAUUGGGCUGGUUGGCCGGUCCAUUCUUGGGCAACGGGCUCUGGGGCCUAGUGUAUAGGAAGUAUAGAGCUGCGGUUGCUAUUAAAGAGAAAGAAUUUUAUAACAGAAUAAAACGCUUCCGAGUUGACCCUUCAGCCAAUUCAUUCGCCAAUCCGGUACCAGACUACUAUGGCGAGAAGAUUGGGAGUGUCAAGGGAUACCGACAAUGGCUGAAGGACCAGCGGGCGUAUAACCGUAAAAAGCGGAGUUUUGUCUAG